GUCAUUCUCGAUUGAGCACGCUCCGGGCGCGGCUGCACGAUUCCCGCGCAUUUUGACGUUUAAAAAAUAAUAUAAAAAAUUGUGAUUUUGUUGGACUGAAAGAGUGGUGCGUUUGUGUUCCAAGUGGUCAGUGGUGGCUAGGACGUAUCACAACUAUCACAGUUCUUCAUAAUGCGAAUACUAUUUGUGUUAUGCCUCGCGGUGGGUCUGAACAACGCGCGGUGGGUGCGGCGCGGCCGAGCCCCGCCCAAGACCACCGGCUUCGUCGGGGAAGCCACCAACCAACUAUCCACUGCCAUAUUCCAGGGUUACAUCGAUGAUAACAAGAACAUAGCAUUCUCGCCACUUGGUUACUCUGCUAUCCUUGCCAUACUUGCCGAAGGCGCGACGGGCCAGACAAGGGAACAACUCGUAUCUGCCCUCCACCUUCCAGACGACCCGAACCUUAUUAGAAAAACAUAUCGAUUCAUUAUGGAAAGACUGAAGAAUACUCACGAGUACAAAUACAACCAACCUGAAUUAAAGAACUAUUUCUACAUCUACAAAAAUUACACAAUCAACGAUGACUACAAGAAGAUAUUAGAAGAUUAUUACCUUACAGAUGUUAGAUCCGUAGAAAGGUAUAAUGACGUAGACCACUUCAAACCUACUGAAACUGAUGAUGAUGAAACAAUUGAAAUCUCCGACAAAAAAGCUGAAGAAAGUAACAAGAACGAGGAAAUUGUAGAUCUUGUUCCACCUAAAGAAUCUGGUGAGAAGUUUAUUUCUUUUGCUGUUGAAGAUAAACCUGAGAAAGUGGACAUAUCUCAAAUUGAGUACAAGCCCGCGAAGAAUAUUAAAGAAAAAAUAAAGCUUGUUAAAACUUAUCCUAAAAAGGACGAGUCUGGAGAAGAAGAAGAAACUAUGGUUGCUGUCGAGGCUAGAAAUCAUGCGAAUAGCCACCACCAGGUUUUACAGGAAAAAUCCGAUAUUGCCUCAAGUAUAUCUGUUAAUACUGUUGGAAAGAAAUCAGGAAAAACUUCAUCAUCAAACUCUCUGAUGCUCAUCUUCAACGGGAUGUAUUUCCGCGGCGCGUGGAAACAACCUUUCCUAAAGGUCGAGCCAGCUAUGUUCUACACGUCCAACAGUGAGAAAAAGCAAGUGCAGAUGAUGUGUACUAAGGGCAUCUUCAAAACUGGCUCUCUUCCUGGUCUCGACAGUUCAGCUAUUGACCUGCCUUAUGAUGGCGGUCGCUACUCCUUGCUGAUCGUGUUGCCUCGCACCCGCGACGGUCUGUCGCGGCUGACGGCGGACCUGCCCGCGGCGCCGCUCGAAGACAUCCAGGACAGCUUGCGCGACGAGGAGCUGCAGGUCUCUCUGCCCACAUUCUACGUGGAGACCACUACAAAGCCAGUUGCAGCCUUAGCUAAGUUCGGAGUGAGCAGCAUCUUCAGCCGCGACGCCGAGCUGUCUGGUGUUUCUUCAGCGGAGGGACUAUUCGUGCAGGAGCUGGUGCAGCACGUAGCGGUUCGCGUCGACAACGCGGACACUUCCGCGUCACAAUUAUCAGCAUCUAACGCAGUCCAGGAGUCUCUUAAGAACAUCCCAUUGUCCGGCAUCAAGGAACCACGCCGCUUCAGCGUCGACCGACCCUUCAUGUUCUUCAUCAUCGAUCGCCUCGACAACUUGGUUGUUAUUGCUGGGAAAGUCAUAGACCCUGAAGCACCGACGCCGUUCGAAAUUUAAACAAGAUUUUU